AUGCGUUUCGGCAAGACUCUCAAGAACACGGUGUACCCGCCUUGGAAAGGCAAGUACAUCGACUACACAAAGCUCAAGACUCUAUUGCGAGAGCAUGAUGUCACCGGCGAUGCCAGUGACUCCGAUGAUAGCCAAUGGACCGAACAGGAUGAGGAGGCCUUUGUUCAGGAAUUGCUGAAUGUGCAAAUGGACAAGGUCAACACCUUCCAGUCUGAAACAUCACAGCAGCUUCGCGAGCGCACCUCAGCGUGCGAGGCAAAGCUGCGCCCAUUGACUGCUUCCGCAGAGGGUGAGACUGUCGUUUUGGAUGAGAUUGAGAAAAGAAACAUGGCCACAGAGGUCCUGCAGGAACUUGACAGCAUCACCAAGGAAGUCAGCGAGCUCGAGAAAUACAGUCGCAUCAACUUUACCGGUUUCCUCAAGGCGGCCAAGAAGCACGACCGCAAGCGUGGAACCCACUACCGUGUGAUGUCUCUGGUGCAGGUCCGUCUGUCGCAGCUGCCAUUCAACUCGGAGGACUACUCGCCUUUGGUUCACCGUCUGUCAGUGAUGUACUCUUUUGUCCGCGAGACAUUGACCGAGGACAUCGUUCAGCCUUCCAAGGAGCCUGAGCGCGGCUUCGGUCACGAUGCCUACUCUUCCUACAAGUUCUGGGUUCACCCAGACAACGUUCUGGAAGUGAAGACCUUUAUCCUUCGUCGUCUUCCCGUCCUGAUCUACAACCCGGGCACUUCAAAGAACGUGGAUACCUUCGACGACCCUACCAUCACCUCUCUCUACUUCGACAGCCCUCGAUUUGAUCUCUACAACCAAAAAGUCGCCCGCGCCCCCGAGGCUGGAUCCUUACGUUUGCGCUGGACCGGACAGUUGAAGGAUAAGCCAUCCAUCUACUUGGAGAAGAAGAUUGUGACAGACUCCGACACCAGUCGGGAGGUCAAGGUGCAGUUGAAGGAAAAGCAUAUCAAGGAGUUCCUGGAUGAUGAAUACCACUUGGACAAGCGAGUUCACCGCAUGGAAGAUAUGAACAAUGGUGAAUCCGUGGAGGCCGAGUCCCUCAAGAAGGAUGUUGAGGAACUGCAAUCUUUCAUCAAGGAGAAUGACCUGCAGCCUAUGGUCCGGGCCAAUUACACUCGUACAGCCUUCCAAAUCCCCGGCGAUGAUCGCAUCCGCAUCUCUCUCGAUACCAAUCUUGCCAUGAUCCGGGAAGACUCUCUGGACUCUGAUCGCCCUUGCAGAGAUCCCUCUCAGUGGCACCGCACUGACCUCGAUGAUGGGGAAAUGACUUACCCAUUCGGUGCCAUCCGAACUGGCGAAAUUGUUCGCUUCCCACAUGGUUUGCUGGAGAUCAAGCUGCGUGGAAAGGCUCACCAGGCGGAGUGGGUGAAUGACCUGAUGGCCUCCCACUUGGUCAAGGAAGCGCCGCGAUUCUCUAAGUUUGCCCACGGUGUGGCCGAACUGUUUGAGAACCACGUCAACAGCUUCCCAUUCUGGCUGGGCGAGGUUGAUACUGACAUCCGUCGUGAUCCCGAGACAGCUUUCUACGAGGAGCAAGAACGGUUAGCGAAGCGCGCCGAGGAGGAAAUUGCAGUUGGCAGCUUCCUCGGUGGUGCGGGCAGCCCAGGCACCCACCUCAUCUCGGGAUCUCCGUUCAACCGCUGGAAUGAAUUUGGAGGUCCCUCCACAUUCCGUAGGACUUCUGCUGUCACUGAAGUGCCAGCCAAGCGUCGCCUCUCUCACAUUGAGCCUCAGCAGCGUGCGGUCCAGCAGACUCCUGCACCGGCGCCUGUCGAGCCUGUUUUCGAGCUAGAGCCCCCGUCCCGCAUGACCACUAUCAUGCAGUCUCUGGGCAUCUCCAAGCCCAGCUGGAUGGGAGGAGAGACAGUUGCUUUGCCUCCUGGAGUGCGACACCCUGGUAUCUGGAUCAAGGACACCGGCCCAGUUCGCGUGGAGAGCAAGGUCUGGUUGGCCAACCAGCGAACCUUCAUCAAGUGGCUGCACAUUUCCAUCCUGCUGUCCAGUUUGUCAUUGGGUCUGUACAACGCGGCUGGCAAGCACAACCGGAUUGCUCAGACUCUGGCUGCUGUGUACACCUUCUUCGCCCUGUUUUCUGCUGCCUGGGGUUGGUACAUGUAUGAGAAGCGCUCUCGACUGAUUCGCCAGCGCAGUGGUAAGGACUUGGACAAUUUGUUCGGUCCUAUGGUUGUAUGCGUUGGUCUUGCGGUUGCUCUGGUUCUGAACUUUGCAUUCAAGGUAAGACCUUCCUCUCUCUGGAUAUGA